GCUCCAGUGUUUGGUCUGUACCAUUCUCUUUGGACUGGCCCCGCCUUCUGUCCAUUCUCUGUACAGCUUCUCACCCAGUCUCUUCCACUCCUUACCCUCUCUGCCUUCAUUAAAUUCUAGAGUGGACUUCAGCGUUUAACACCUUUUCUAUUUCCAACAACAUUUUAUGUACACUACAAUACUGUCAACAACGUAUGCCUUUACUCAAACCCAAGUGGUACCCUUUCCCUACGGCUAAAUCGGCCCCCAAUUAGGUUUAAAGUAAGAACUCAAUUAUGCACUGUGGGUCCCCUAGGGUAUUGAGUAGUCUAGUGUCCCCCGGAUUAUCACCUUUACUUCAAUACCAAAUGUACAAAAUAAAAAAUACAAUCACCCCCAUAUGACUAACGUGUCAACCGGAUCACGUUUCUAGAACAACUUAAUGCCUCACUCAAACUUGGUAGUCAGUGCGCCGACUUUACUACCCAAUGUACUUCACACACACCUAUGCUUUGUUAGGACCUUAGAGAGACCCUUUCCCAAAGGCUAAAUCGGUCUCAAGUCUGAGUAAUCAAUUUAAUUAUCCGUCAUUCACACUUGGCCCUGCCUAGUACAUCACAUUAGCAUCAUAUGGCUUUCCAUUCGCAAUUUGGUGGUCACUCGUUACCCACCACUCAUACAUGUAGUCCUAGACUAUCCAGUCACACUUUUAUAAUCAACUAGAAUGAAUCAUACAUGUAGUCCCAGACUAUCCAUUCACACUUUGGUGGUCACCCUUUACCCACCAUUCAUACAUGUAGUAAGUGUUCUCUGUUACCACCUACCAGCCAGGCAUACUAGUACAUCCCAUACACAAUGCACCAUUAAGUAUUGUUGAUCAAUAAUAAAAUUGCAGUUGCCAAUGGAGAUAUUACUUUCUCAACUAUUUUCCAAUCUCACACAUCAUAAUAGUUUAAAUUUAGUAACUUACAUCAAACAGGUGUCUCACAAAACUAAAUUUGGAAACUCCAAUGUGCAGAACUUUUCACAGCAGGUGUCUGCUUACCUUUUUUAGUUGACCGGUCAGGAUUUGUGAGACACACCGACAGUACUGGCCAAUCGGCCGGACAAUUUCCAGCGUCGUCCUUCUACCGGAUCACGUCGGUAGUCACCAUCUGUUAAGAGUUCUUAAAACGGCAUUGUGGGCUUGUAAGUAAGCAUUAUUUCACUGUAAGGUCUACCUGUUGUAUUCGACCGAUGUACCUACAAUUUGAUUUUAAAUCAGUGGGAUUUUGCAACCAAUUGAGCUAUAAUCCCCAAAGCACACACAUCCCUGGAUCGGUCCUCUUUUCAAUUCGCUGCAGCUAGUGACUGGAACGAGCUGCAACAACCACUCAAACUGGACAGUUUUAUUUCCAUUCAGUCAUGUCUCUUCAUUCAAAGACUCAAUCAUGGACACUGACAGUUGUGGCUGCUUUGCGUGAUGUAUUGUUGUCUCUACCUUUUUGCUGUUGUCUGUGCCUAAUAAGGUUUUCUACCUUUUUCAUGAUGUUCGGACUCGGAAUGCAGGCCCAGGCUAUAUUUGAUGGUAUCGAGGAGCUGUGUUCUAAGAGGGAUGAGCUGAACCGUCAGAUCCAGCAGGAGGAGGAGGAGAAGGGUCAUCUGCAGCACGACAUCCGUGUCCUCACCGAGAAACUACGCCGCGUCAACGAGAGCCUGGUCCGACGACACUCCGUCCGCACUGACUUUGACCACACCAUCGGCGAGACCGAGGGUGCCUUUAUGAAGAUUCUGGAGAGCUGUCAAACACUGCUGAGUGUAAUAAAGAAGGAAGCAGGAAAUCUCGGCAAAGCCACUGAACCCGGAAGGAAAGACCACUGACAUCCAGACUACCGCCCCUAAACCUUACCUCUCACCCAGACACCAGCAUUUCCACUCACCCUUGUAACUGUGCACUGUUUGUACACUGAACAAAAAUAUAAAUGCAACAUGCGACCAUUUCAAAGAUUUUACUGAGUUACAGUUCAUAUAAGGAAAUCAGUCAAUUUAAUUUAAUUCAUUCGGCCCUAAUCUAUGGACUGGGAAUACAGAUAUGCAUCUGUUGGUCACAGAUAACUUUUUUUUUUUAAGGUAGGGGCGUGGAUCAGAAAAACAGUCAGUAUCUGGUGUGACCACCAUUUGCUUCAUGCAGCGUGACACAUCUCCUUCGCAUAGAGUUGAUCAGGCUGUUGAUUGUGGCCUGUGGAAUGUUGUCACACUCCUCUUCAAUGGCUGUGCGAAGUUGCGGGAACUGCGAUAUUGGCGGGAACUGGAACACAAUGUCGUACACGUCGAUCCAGAGCAUCCCAAACAAGCUCAAUGGGUGACAUGUCUGGUAGCUAUGCAGGCCAUAGAAGAAGUGGGAUAUUUUCAGCUUCCAGGAAUUGUGUACAGAUCCUUGUGACAUGGGGCUGUACAUUAUCAUGCUGAAACAUGAAGGGAUGGCGGUGGAUGAGUAGCACGACAAUGGGCCUCAGGAUCUCGCCACGGUUUCUCUGUGCAUUCAAAUUGCCAACAAUGAAAUGCAAUUGUGUUUGUUGUCCGUAGUUUAUACCUGCCCAUACCAUAACCCCACCGCCACCAUGGAUCACUCUGUUCACAACUUUGACAUCAGCAAACCGCUCGCGCACACACAACGCCAUACACACUGUCUGCCAUCUGCUCGGUACAGUUGAAACCGGGAUUCCUCCGUGAAGAGUACCCUUCUCCAGCGUGCCAGUUGCCAUUGAAGGUGAGCAUUUGCCCCCUGAAGUCGUUUACGAUGCCGAACUGCAGUCAGGCCAAGACCCUGGUGAGGCUGACUAGCACACAGAUGAGCUUCCCUGCGCGGGUUUCUGACAGUUUGUGCAGAAAUUAUAUGGCAACAGCUCUGGCUGGCAUUCCUGCAAGCAGCAUGCCAAUUGCUUCCUUAAAACCUGAGACAUUUGUGGCGUUGUUUAACAAAACUGCCUAUUUUGGAGGGCCCUUUUAUUGUCCCCAGCACAAGUUGCACCUUUGUAAUGCUGUGUAAUCAUCUUCUUGAUAUGCCACACCUAUCAGGUGGAUGGAUUAGUAAACAAAUUUGUGCACAACAUUUGAGAGAAAUAAGCUUUUUGUGCAUAUCUGGGAUCUUUUAUUUCAACUCAUGAAACAUGGGACUGACAUUUUACAUGUUGCGUUUAUAUUUUUGUUCAGUAUAAUAUACACUGAGUAUACAAAACAUUAAGAACACCUGCUCUUUCCAUGACAUAAGCUGACCAGGUGAAUCCAGUUGAAAGCUAUGAUCCCUUAUUAAUGGUACUUGUUAAAUCCACUACAAUCACUGUAGAUGAGGUGGAAGAGACAGGUUAAAGAAGGAUCUUUAAGCCUUGAGACAUUUAUGACACGGGUUGUGUAUGUGUGCCAUUCAGAGGAUGAAUUUGUAACACAAAAGAUUUAAGUGCCUUUGACCGGGGUAUGGUAAUAGGUGCCAGGCUCACUGGUUUGGUCAAGAACUGCAACACUGCUGAGUUUAUCACACUCAACAGUUUCCCGUGUGUAUCAAGACUGGUCCCCCCAAAGGACAUCCAGCCAACUUCACAGAACUGUGGGAAGCACUUGAGUCAACAUUGACCAGCAUUCUCUGUGGAACGCUUGACACCUUGUAGAGUCCCAUGCCCCGCCGAAAUGAGGCUGUUCUGGGGGAAAAAAUGGGGGAAGUUCAACUCAAUAUUAGGAAGGUGUUCCUAAUAUUUGUAUAUACAGUAUAUUUAUGUAAAAUGUUUUGACUUUGUCUAAUACUGCUGUUCACUGGCAUACUUAUUUUAUACCAAUUGAAUCAUUUUAAUAAAGAUGAUCUGUGAAGAAUCCGUUCUCAUUUGCCCAUUGCAGUGUAUGGGACACGCCCAGAAGUCAUUCCUUGGGUUGUUUUUCUUGAGUGCUAGUGUCUUUCAACAGCGGCACACGAGACAAACACACACACACACUCCCGGUGAGAUGCUGUCUGACACUUUGAUAUGUAAUUACAGGUAAAUAUAGCACAGAUAAAUAUAGCACAAUGCCGGUUUAGCUGGAAGCACACUGCUCUAUUCUUUCUACUAGUAAAUCUCCUUCACAACAAAUAAAAGCUAUUCUCUGAGA